CAACCGGUAUAUACCAACACCAAUAUAUUUAUUAUGGCACAGUCAGAGGGCGCUCUUCCAGAGCUGCCACAGGCAUACACUCUACAUGUGUUUCCUUUUUCUCUUUACUCCAUCAUGGCGCGCUUCACAUACGUUCUGGCACGCAGCACUAAGUCACCGGUUGGUAACGACAUAGUAUUCGAGAACAAGCUGGUAAAUCUGCAUCAUGACGAAAAUAUUAGCGAAGACUAUUUGGUACACAUAAAUCCCAAGGGCCAGGUCCCCGCCCUGACGGGAGCAAGUCUCGACACACCUUUGACAGACAGUCUUGAAAUUUCAUAUUGGAUCUGCGAAAGAUACCCAAAGAUGUUGCCCAGUUCAUUCGAAAAGCAAAUACGAGAGGCUCUGAAGGAGUUGCAUCGCAUAAAGGCGAUUUGCCUAUCAGUACCAAAAGAAGAUCAUGGCGAAAGGAUUCCUUGCCCAGCUGUCGAUGAUUUACUUGCAAAGAAUGAUAUAAGCAACGAAUAUAGAGCUGCCCUGACAUUUAAGCGCGAGUUUCAUCGUGGAAGGUUGGAAUUCUCGCUGAUUGAGCGGAGAAUAGUAAGAGCCGAGACAAGGGCGAAUAAAUUCUUUGAGACGAUAUUGUAUUUUCACGAAAACAGGCCUCACAAUUCGGUAUGGUUAUUCAAUGGGCCUACGGUGUUAGAUGCCCAUGUUGUACCGUUUAUACUACGGUUAAUGGAGAACGGCCGAGUCGAUAUGAUCCCGGAAACAUUGCAGCGGUAUGCUAAAGACAUACAAAAAUUAGACGUAUGGAACCAGGUUAUGCAUGGGCGGCCAACGCUCUGGAAUCCGUCAAUAGGACAUGUCCGCGAUCUGAAUCCGUUCUAGAUGCAGUAGUCGACAUUGACAUGAAUCAUGAAUCACAUAUUAUAUGAAUUUUUUCUAUCACAGUGGAAAC